AUGAGAGUUCUAUAUUGGAAUGUCAAUGGGGUGUCGAAGGUGGAGGCUGGUUUGAAGCUGCGUGAAUUAGUUAGGGAGUUUAGGCCGGUUAUCAUUUGUAUUGCUGAGCCGAAAAUUCCAUAUGCUGAUGGUGUGAUGCUUCGUCUAAAUUUAGAUGGUUUUGUUAAAAAAGCAAUUCAUAAUUCUUCUUCUAGUUCUAUUGGUAAUAUUUGGAUUCUUUGGAGUGAGGAUAUUGAAGAGACGGUGGUGAUAAAUGGUACGAGACAAGCUGUUACGGUGAAAACUGAAGGAGUCUUUGUUUCUUGUGUUCAUGCAAGUUAUAUUCAGGUGUUUAGAAGGAGAUUAUGGUGUCAACUAGCUGCGGUAGAUACUACUACUCCUUGGCUGGUAAUUGGAGAUUUUAAUUGUGUUCUUCGCAAUGAGGAGAAAAAAGGAGGUAGAGAGGUAAUUUCUUCAAGUAUUAAUGAGUUCAGUGAUUGGAUGGAGGAUAAUGGUCUUUUUGAGGCUGAUUCUUUGGGUUCUAAAUUCACUUGGACUAAUGGUCAGUUGGGAGGGAGAAGAAUUGUUAGUAAGAUGGAUCGUGCCAUUAUCAAUGAGCCUUGGUUAAAUAAACCGAAACGUGCUCCUUUCAGAAUUCAGAAGAUGUGUUUUACGCAUUCAGAUUUUAUGAGAAUGGUUGAAGCUUCUUGGAGUUCCCCGGUGUAUGGUAAUCCUGAUUUUGUUUUUCCUUUCAAGCUAAAGAGAUUGAAGGUGGCUAUGAAAUUGUGGAAUCAGCAGGUGUUUGGUAAUGUGAAUGCAAGGAUAAGGCAGGCUCAAUUGAGGUUUGAAGUGGCUAGUAGGAAUUAUGAUGAAGACCCAUUUGACACUUUCAAGCAAAAUGAGAUGAAGUAUGCGUUGGUUUUGGUUAAUGAAGCACGUAUGCAGCAGCAUAUUAUGUUGAAGCAAAAAUCUCGAAAUAAAUGGAUUUUGGAGGGCUCGAGUAAUUCUUCUUAUUUUCAUAGUUCAAUUAAGACUCGUAGAAGCUCUAACACAAUUUCGGAGUUGGUGAAUGAGGAGGGUUGUAUUAUUAAGGAGCCGGACCAGUUAAGAGACUAUGUUGUUUCUUAUUAUGAAAACAAGUUCAAUGGAGUGGAUGAGCCGAUUGAGGAUAGUUUGUUUGAGUAUGAGCAUAAUUCAAUCUCUCAUGAGGAAAGGCUGAUGUUGGAUUCUAUUCCUUCUUUGGAUGAAAUUAAGGGUGCGGUUUUUGAUUUGAAUGCGGAUAGUGCUCCAGGUCCAGAUGGUUUCUCAGGGUGUUUUUAUAGGCAUCGUUGGGAUUUAGUUCAUGAGGACUUAGAGAAGGCUAUUAUAUAUUGUUGGAGUUCCAAAGUUAUUCCUAAUUGGGCUAUUUCUAGUCUCAUUCUUCUGCUGGCUAAGGUGAGAGGGGCUGAUAGUUUGAAGAAAUAUAGGCCAAUUGGUCUAAGUAAUUUUUUCUUCAAAAUUUUUACCAAAAUUCUAGCAACUAGACUUGGUAAAGUCUUGUAUAAGUUGGUCUCGGAGGAGCAGGUGGCGUUUAUGAAAGGGAGGAGCAUUCAUGAGAAUAUUAGUUUGGCUUCUGAAUUGGUUAAUGAGUUGCACAUUAAAAGAAAGGAUGGAAACUUAGGUCUCAAGCUGGAUAUCUCUCAAGAUUUUGAUACGGUUAGUUGGCAUUUUGUUUUGGAGGUUUUUCGAAGGGUUUGUAGGGAGAAGAGCAAAAUUUAUUUUGGAGGUGGGACGUUGCAUAGGAGGCAGGCUAUUGCUAAUUUCUUAGGCAUGGGGGUUACUUUCUUUCCGGAUAGAUAUUUGGGAGUUAAGGAUCGUGUAGUGCUUAUUAAAUCUGUCCUUGCAAGCUAUGCCAUUCAUAACAUGGCUGUGUAUAGGUGGCCUGUUAAAUUUGUCAAGCAAAGUGAACGUGUUAUUCGUAAUUUUAUUUGGUCGGGAGAUUCUGACUUGGCUAAAGCUUUUGUGGUGGGAUAUGACAAGAUUUGUAGUCCGGUGAAGGAAGGGGGUCUUGGGCUGACUAGCUUGAGUAGUAUGAACAAGGCUCUGAUCAUGAAGUUGUGGUGGAAUAUUAAAACAUCUAAGAAGAAUUGGGCUAGAUUUCUGGAGUCGAAAUACACUUGUAGAGAUGGUCGUCUGAAGAUGGCGGGAGUUAAAUCUUCAAUUUUGCCGGGGAUUCGAUGGGUGCACACUGAAGUUAUGCGCAAUACUAAAUCCUUAAUAGGUGAUGGUAGGGAAACUUCUUUAUUUUUUGAUGUUUGGUAUGGUUCUGUAACUUUGGCUGAGGUCUUGCAGAGAAAUGACCUUGACAGACGUGCGAGAGUUAGUGAUAUCAUAGUGCAGAAUCAAUGGCAUUUGGAGGGAGAGCAUAUGCGUGAUCUUUCAAGUGCUGGUGUGGCUAGGGAGAAUUUACCGAGAAGGCAUAUGGGCAGUGAUGAGAAGAUUUGGAUGCCAGAUCUUGAGGGAAUGUUUUCUGUCAGGUCUGCAAGGGAUUUGGUGCGCAGCAAGUAUCCUUUGCUUCUUGAAGAAAAUCUGUUGUGGAGGGUGGUGCACCCGGCUUUAGCAGAUCAGAAUUGGAAAUUUGUUAGGGGAGGUUGUGCAAAUCUGGACAAAGUUAAGAGUAGAUUCAAGAUUGCUCUCCCAUCUCGGUGCAGUGUGUGUCAGAUUGAGGAGGAGUCUUUGGAGCAUAUUCUCUGGAGCUGUAGUGCUGCUAAACGUGCUUGGCAGUGGUUGGAAGGUAUUUUUCAUCUUAAAUCUUGUUAUAACUUGAUUGCUUCUAAUAAACAAGCAAAAGGUUGUAGAAGAAUGGUUAAAGAUCUGUGGCUUGUCUCUAAUCUGGUGGUGCAUUCAGAACUGUGGUUUCAAAGGAAUAAGAUGGUUUAUGAGAAGAAGAAGCCUUGCUGGAAUUUCUUCAAGAAGCGUGUGUUUAAUUUCAUUCAUGAAUACUCAGAUAGAAUGAAGGGGUGUAUGCUUAACAGGGUUGAAGAUCUGGAGAUAUUGGAUUUUUUCAGGGUUAAAUGCCGUAAGGUGAAGAUGUUGGAACCUGUUGAGUGUCUUUGGCAGCCUCCAAUGCAAAAUCAACUCUUGUUGUGCUGUGAUGGAGCUUUUAGAGGUAACCCAGGGGUGGCCGGAGCUGGAGUGGUGGCUAAGAAUUCAGCUUGUGAAGUGGUGGGAGCAAUGUGUGUUGGCCUUGGUGUUAUUUCUAAUUUUUUGGCGGAAUUAUAUAGCAUUUUAAUUGGCUUAGAUUGGGAAGUUCAAUGGGAUUACAGAGAUGUGCUUGUAAGAACUGAUUCUAUGAGUGUUAUAACUGCUUUGGAAGGGGAUAAUAUACCAUGGUUUGCAAGACAUAGAUGGUAUGAAGCUAAAUUCAAGUUUGAUUAUAUUCAAUUGGUGCAUACGUUUCGUGAAGCAAAUUUUGCAGCUGAUAAAAUGGCAAAGACGGGUUGUUUUUUGGAUUCUGGAGUAAGACUCAAUUUUGUUGGGCGUCCUCUUUUGUUAAACUUAAUUGAGUAUCCUAAUGUUUCUUAUAUUCGUUUUAAAUAG